UAUUAUCAUCAUCACGAAUAAUAUAACGAUCACUGUCUUUACCAAGCCGAUAGUAUCAUCAUGCCUCAUGUAUCACAUUAAACGGACGUAUUAAUAUUCGCUUGUUCGUAACAUCCUCAACGUUCGGUCCUUAAUCCUUCCACGAUCUGUACAUUCUUUUAUUCUGACAUCAUAGUUAUCUCAUUCCGAAAACAUUUCUAGCAAGAGAAUAUCUUACGGAAAUAAUAAAUCAAUAAGGUAAAACUGCGCAUUUUAUUUAAAGUAUUUCAUCAUAUUUAAAUCCUGUCGUUAUUUUAUAAUUUAUUUAUAGAUAGGAUUGACUUUACUGAUCAAAAUACGUUAACGAUACGUAACGAUGCGAUAGAUGCGGGCACGAGUUCUGCGUGGCAUGCUCGCAUACGAAACUAAUAUGAAAUUAAUCAUAUCGAGAAUGGAUCAUAAAAAAUCGGAUCAUCAAGUAUCGCUAGUCGGAACAAUAUCAUCGAUGAUUUAACGCGUCGUAACGACCUAUACUCUAUUGUUGAAUCGAUAACAAUUUGCGACAGCGAAUACGUUUAACGCAUUGUUAGCUUUUAUUGUGGUAUUAUCGUUCGCGUGCUUUACUCUCAAUGUGGACAGAGCAUUUCAAGAUAUCUUUCCAUCAUCGAUCGUUCACUCUUUGAAGGAGUGCGCUCAAUUUAAAGAAAAUUUGUUGGAAAUUUGACAAAUACCGUGAGGAAAUAUAAUCGAGGUUGUUUCCCUAAACGUUAUAAAACCGUGCCAUAUAAACAUGCCGUUACGUUGAUCCUGAAGUUUGCAUAAAUGCAUAUGCAGCUUACAAAGUGGAGGCGCUCUAAAUACUUGUUGCAAAUGCAUGCAUACGUGAUCAGCGGCAUACGCCGCCCGGUAAUCUACAUAUAGUAUGGUUGAUAGUACAAGAUGACGAGUGAAAAAAUGGGACAAACGGAUCCGAUGUAUAUUCAUUAAAAGCCGCACGGGAGAAUUCGAUUUCUCGAGCCUUCCACGACCGACCCAAUUCGUUGUCCGUCAUAAGGAAUACACGUAUUUGCACACUGAAAACUUAUCGAAAUAGCAUGACGAUAAGUGAUCGCACCACGUCACGAACACUGGACGAAAUGCGGGAAAGUUUCGAAGUGCAAUAAAGGCACGCGCGACAAGAAACAUUUUUCCUUUGUUUCGUAGGAGCGGCAUUUCACAUGCGUCUAGUCUAACGCGUUUUCUUAUUUUUAUUGUUCGAGGUGGAAUACUGGGAAAAGAGUGAAUCGAAAAAAAAUCAAUAUCAGAUCUAUAACAGUUCUUCAACAGAUCUUCAAGCGAGUUUUUUUCAUCUCUGAAUAAUUCGCAAAUAAAAGUUGCAAAUGUAAGUGUAUAAUACGCAUCCGAUUAUCGAAGGUUGAAUGAAGGAAAACAGUAGAUAUAACAGCGAUACACGUUGCUCUAAGAAUAUGUGAAGGAAAAAAGGAAUAAUAAAGUAUUUAAAUUUAAAAAUAUUUGGAAGAAAUUGGAGAAAUGAGUCAACUCGCUUCGAGGAACGGAACCCGGAUCGAUCCACGCGAUUGGCUGAUCGGCCGAUCGGCCGGCCGCCGGCCAGCCGGCCGGCCGGCCGGCCGGCUGGUCGGCUGGUCGCAAAUAUUCGAUUCCCGCUACUGCUUUCUCUCCUCUCUCUUCGUUUCUCCGCUCGAGGAGCGGCAAGCGUGCGAGCGAGUAAACGACGAACGUGAGCGAGCGAGAGGGACGUCGUUUCCCAAGGGAAGCCCAUUCCGGAUUAUACCGACUGCCGACUGGCCGGCAGUCAGUUUGUCAACGGCGUUGCUCCUGCGCGCAUGAUCGUCGCGCCGUGCCUUGGUCGUGAAUAACCCAACACGAUAAACCGCGCGUGUCAUCCGCCUUUCCUGUCCUCGUCUUCGUCUUCACCCUCGUCCUCGCAAACGCACCACGCAUCACGCACCGAAGACGUAGCACGUAACGCGCGGAAAAGCGGAGUCUGAAUCGAAGAGCGGACUGUGGGUCCGGUCGUGGCUCGUGCGGCCGCGCUGCUGUCCGCGCGAGUGGUGCGCAUCGAACGAUCGAUUCGGAAUCUAGCAGUCAACAGAACGGAGCUGCCAUCACAGCGAUUACUCCACAUGUGGACAUCGCCGUCGCGACUCAGGAUCGGCCGGGCACCUAGGAAAAAGACACAGCCUUAAGCUGCACCAUCAACUGCCGCGGCCGAUAAAGGAUGGAGAACACCGACGGAUCCAGGAGGAAGCUCUCCUUCCUCGGCUUCGGCAAACGAGUAUCGGUCGACGGGCAUGCUGCAGAAAUGGGACCAGAACUUGACGAAGAGAUGGAGAAGGUUUUUGCGAUGGAUGCCGGGGAAAAGUUUGACGUAGCCCGACUUGGCUCACCCUCGGAAUCGGCUGGAUCUGAUCGAGAUCGAGAUCGCGAUCGUGGUCCACCAUCACGAUAUGGCGGCGAUCGCGAUUUCAAUCAAUACCGCAAAAGAAGCUAUCCACAUCCACACAUGCCCCUGAAGAGUCUGCAUUCCAGAUCUAUGCGAAGACAUCUUUCACCUGAAGGAUCAGCAGAAGUGUACAUCGAGGAGGAUCGUGGCAAUGUCCAAGCGCGGAGUAACGAAGUCCAAGAGGUUGACGGAAUGAACCGUAAUGGAUUGCAAUCAACUGUUACAAACGAAGUUGAGGCCGAAAUUGAUGAAGAAACUGCAGAAGAAACUGAAAAUGUAGGCAGCAGUGAGAGCGAAGCGCCAAUCUCGGAGAGAGCGGCUUCUGGUUUUAAUGAUAGUCCAACCGUCGGUAGUCCAAGAGUAGUACAAUUUGAAAAAAUUAAGGAAGAGGAUGCAUCGAGUACGCAAAUACCGGAAGUAUCGAUGGAUAUUGCUCUGAGCGGCCAUGAAGACGAUCGAAAAUGCCGACGCCAUCAGAAACACGAACAUAAACGUCAUCAUCACAAAUCUCGCAAGUACUCUCUGCAGGAGGAUCCACAAUGGCGGAAACGAUCGGGAGCCGGUCUCCCGGACAGUUCGAGUUUGCUCGCCCGACGCGUCAGCGUUCAGCCAGAAGAAGCGAGUACCUUGCAAGAGCUCGACAUCGACGAUCUGGAAUCGCAUCGUAGCGAUGAUCCGCGUGGCAUGCGCCGGCACAAAGCUGCUCAUUCGACAGUGCAGAUUGGUCGACGGAAGGAGGGUGGCAUCCCUCAUGACACCUUUAAGAAAAUGUAUGAUCAUUCUCCACAUGAGGUAUUUGUCCAACUGGACGAGCUACAUGGUCUAGGUGAGGAACGCGAAUGGCGAGAAACUGCUAGGUGGAUCAAAUACGAGGAGGACGUUGAGGAGGGUGCUGAUAGAUGGGGAAGGCCUCAUGUGGCUUCCCUUAGUUUUCAUUCUUUGUUAAACCUCCGUCGUUGCCUGGAAACUGGCGUGGUCCUCCUCGAUCUGGAGGAGAAAGAUCUGCCCGGGUUAGCUUACAGGAUAGUCGAGCAGAUGGUCAUCGAGGAGCUUAUCCUGGCCGAGGACAGACCGAUCGUGAUGAGAGCACUUCUGCUCAGACAUAGACAUGUGCACGAACACGAACGUGGUUUCCGAUUCGGCGGCAAGAGAAGUUAUUCCAGUUAUACCAGUCUUCAGUCCAUCUGGCUGGAGGAAGAAGAUGCUGCGCGGGAAGCUGCUGAGAACCAUGUAAUCCAACAUAAUCUGCACGAUGCAAAGCCGAAAAUCGUAUCAUCGAACCUGGCGCUCGAUAGUAAUCAUACGGUGAUCGAUAUGAAGGAGGAACUAACGUACAUGAGCAGUAACGAAGACUUGAAGAAGAGUCACAACGAUUAUAUUCUCAAGAGAAUUCCAGCCGGUGCUGAAGCGACAGUUGUACUUGUUGGCGCCGUCGACUUUCUGGAUCAGCCGACGAUAGCCUUUGUACGAUUGGCGGAAGGUGUAUUUAUGCCGUCCAUCACGGAGGUCACGAUACCGGUCAGAUUUAUGUUUACCCUAUUGGGGCCGAGAAACGCGGAUUUGGAUUAUCACGAGAUCGGUCGAUCGAUUUCCACUCUAAUGGCGAACACAUCGUUCCAUAAAGUCGCUUAUAAAGCCAACGAAAGGCGAGAGUUGCUCUCAGCAAUUAACGAGUUCCUAGAUGAUUCGAUUGUACUGCCACCCGGCGAUUGGGAGAGACAGGCCUUGCUACCGUUCGAUGAACUUAAGGCAAAGAGCGAAGCUAUCCGAAAGAGGAAGGCGAAAGCACUCGAAGAGAAGAGUAAGCCGGUCCAAAGUGAGGCAGCUAUAAAGAAAGCACUUCUAGCCGGCGAAGAGGAAAAAAAGCCAUCAGGAGACGAUGAUGAUCCGUUGCGACGUACCAAACGACCAUUCGGCGGCCUGAUCAACGAUAUUAAGCGACGCUACCCCUUCUAUCUGUCCGAUUUCACGGACGGUCUGAGCUCUUCCUGUAUCGCGGCAGCUAUCUUCAUGUAUUUCGCCGCUUUGUGCACCGCCAUCACUUUUGGUGGCCUGAUGAGCGACAAAACACAGAAUGUAAUAGGCAUCUCCGAGACUCUGGUCUCCGGUUCAUGGACAGGUGUAGUGAUGGCACUAUUCUCCACUCAACCACUCGUGAUUAUAGGCACGACCGGUCCAUUAUUGCUCUUUGACGAGAGUCUGUACAACUUUUGCUUGGCGAAUGAACUUGAAUUUCUUACCGUACGAGUAUACGUCGGCGUCUGGAUGGGCAUUAUCGCCUUGGCGAUCGCCUGCGUCGAAGGUUCAGUCCUUGUACGACUCUUCACACGUUUCACUGAAGAAAUCUUUACUGGACUGAUUUCCAUUCUUUACAUCGUCGAGACGUUCAUCAAGCUUUACAAUUACUUUGUGCGUAAUCCUCUUCUCCAUGAAUACAGCUUUGGGCCGGACGCCAAUGAUACAACCUAUCCACUCUAUGUUACCGAGAUGAAGAUCAUCAGAUCACUGUGGAAUGGAACCGAGGAGAACUUACGUUUGGAGAAUACUCACGAAUUGAUACCGAGCCAUGACGUAGAUGGACUGCCGAUCAAUCAACCUAAUACGGCUCUAAUGUGUACCAUCCUUUGUCUGGGCACCUUUCUAGGUGCGUAUUACCUGAGAAUAUUCCGCAACAGCCAUUAUUUGGGCCGUAAUGCACGAAGAGCUUUCGGAGACUUUGGUGUUCCUAUCAGCAUCGUCGUUUUCGUCCUGAUCGACUAUCUAGUUAUGGUAAAAACGGAGAAGUUACUGGUUCCCGAGGGACUUUCUCCGACUGUACCCGGUAGAAGUUGGUUUGUGUCUCCCGCUGGAUAUGAGAAACCUAUACCGCUAUGGAUGGCUGUAGCUUGUUUUGUGCCAGCUUUCCUAGUUUAUAUUCUGGUGUUUAUGGAAACUCAAAUAUCGGAAUUGAUUAUCGAUAAAAAAGAGCGCAAACUGCGGAAGGGUAAUGGCUACCACAUGGACAUCGUAGUGGUUUGCCUAAUGAAUGUAGGAUGUGGCUUGAUGGGUGCUCCCUGGUGUAGCGCCGCAUCGGUACGCUCCCUUACCCAUGUGUCCGCCGUAACAGUGAUGUCACGCACUCACGCGCCUGGCGAUAAGCCGCACAUCGUUGAGGUGAAGGAGCAACGAGUAAGCGCUCUUCUGGUCGCGAUACUUAUAGGCGUGAGCGUGCUAAUGGCACCGCUGCUGAGACGAGUACCAAUGUCCGUCCUACUUGGUGUGUUCCUGUACAUGGGCAUCUCAUCGACGAACGGCGUACAACUGUUUGAUCGUGUCAAGCUCUUUUUCGUGCCAGUUAAGCAUCAUGGCACAGCAAAUUAUGUGCGCCGCGUGCAAACCUACAAGAUGCACAUCUUCACUUUCAUACAGAUCUUGUGCCUGGCCAUAUUGUGGAUCGUUAAGAGCACCAGAGCUGCUCUGGCUCUGCCUUUUUUCCUUAUCCUAAUGAUACCGCUACGUGCUCAAAUGAGCCACUUCUUCACCACCGCAGAACUACGUGCCCUCGACAGCAAAGGAUCCGAGCAUGAAGUCGAAGACGAAUUAGAUUUCUAUGAGGAGGCUCCUCUACCUGGUUGAUUGUGCCUUAAUCGACUUAAUACACACAGUGUCUCUCUCU